CAAAACUGGAGGAGGAAGAAGGGACCCACAGACCAUGUCUAACAUUUGAUUUUUAUCUCGUAAUGUUUGAAGAUUGAACUCACUGUGCAGCUCACCGACAAUGGGAGCAGGAGAAACACAAAGGAGCCAACUGCAGGAGGGUUAAAGCAAAUUUAAAAACUCUCAGAGAAAAAUAAGUAAAUAAAAUAAAAUAAAAAGUGAAGUUCAUCUGGGGCUAAAGAAAAGAGUCAACGAGAUAGAAAACACGGGGAGGAAAGAGCUCGGUGAUCCCCUGGCUUCUGUUGCUUGUUCAGCUCCACUGACUCUGACUGUGACACUUGUGAAUGCAGCAAAAUGGCAUUGUCUGUGAAACAUGAAAGACCAGAAAGAGAAGAAUCAUGUUUCAGCAGGGCAGCCAGAAAUAUCAGGAGAGCUCUGUCCAGGAUUUGUGGAGAUAGUUCUCACUCUUCCUCUGUUGACACUCGCCCUCGCCCUAUUCCUCAGCCAAACUAUGAGGAACUUGACGUGUCUUGUGGGUCUGACACAGACUAUGCAGUUUUAAACUAUGUUGAUCAGUCUGAUACAGACUAUGUGCCACCUCGCCCUCAUUACAAGCUUAAAGGAGGUGGUUUGCGUUUUUCUGGAUACCCCACAGACUUUGUACAACUUCACUUUCCCCAACGGUCUUCUUUUAUUCAGAAAUCACAGAAGAGAACCUCCAGCACCCCCAGCUUCAGAAGUAAGAAAAAACACAAGACAGAUUCCCUGCAUACGACUUCUACCACAGAUCCCUUCGAUUGUAUGUUAGAUCAACCUCCCUCUGGUACACUCCGAGAAACAGGAGUGAAAAAACAUCGCUCCUCUGCAGGACUCAAUCAGGACAAUACCAGGGAAAUGGAGCUGAAUGCAACAGCUGGUCCUUCCAUUCUUCAACUUUCCAUCAGUGAUGAUGAUGAUUCAGACUCUGCUGUAGUCUAUGACAGAGAAAAAGAAUGGGGUGAGUCAUCUGGUUCCCUCUGGUUUGGCGGUGCUGACCGGGAAACUCGUAAAUAUAGACAUGCUCGUAUACGUUCUCCCUCUUUAUCAGACCCUUACUUACAUCUCCCAAACAAAAAAGACACACAUGAUGAUGACCCCAGAUAUGAUAACCCAGGUUAUCCUGUCCUGCUUACCUGCUCUCAGACCCCAGCUGUUGCUGCCCCUCCAUGUCCACAGGACACACCCACAGUCCUCCAUGAUUCACCUGUCUGUACUGCAGGAAGCAGAACUCAAGUUGCAUGUGAGCUUUCAUCCAUGCAGUCUGAGAGUGAACCAGUAGGUGACAGUGAUGCCCUAAUGGAAAUGGAUGCACCUGUUACAGCUGUGAACUACUCUGUCACAAACACCCUGCCAGCCCAUUCUCACCUCCUACAAUCCCCAGAAUGCUUUAGGAGCAGGAGAGACUCCAGCUGCCUGCCUCGCUCUCACAGCCUGCCUUCACUGAGUCAGAUAACGUCUGCAAAGAACAAGAGCUUAAGACGAGCUGAAAGCUUACCUGACAUGCUGUUAACAAACAGCUUUGAGGAGUUUACACCUGAAAUGACUGCUGAGGAAAACGAUGAAACCUACAGGUUCCAGUGCUCCUGCCCAGGCCUGUACCAGUGCAGUGUGACAGGCCUGGUGUUUCACAUGGAGGGAGAAGGGGACGUGGUUUACAGGAUUGUCCCUUGGAACAGGAGGCUACUGGCCCAGCAUCACAAGAAGCCUGCAGGACCCCUGUUUGACAUCAAGUGUCUGCAGCAGUCUGUGUGUCAGCUUCAUCUCCCACACUGUGAGAUCCGCUCCACAGGUGGAUGUGAUUUCUUGUCAGUUGCUCAUGUGAACGAUGAGGGCAUUGAGUUUAUCAGCCCUCACAAGAUAACAGAAACUCAUGUUAUUAUAAACAUCACAGGGUUUUCUGCUUUCGGUAACGUCAAGGAUGAAGACUCACCAGCUGACCCGGUCCGAGCGCUGGUUCUGCUGUUCUACAGGCCCCCAGAUGAUUCUGAUCCUGAGUCCCUCCUCAAUGUGUUGCUGCUACCAAAGAACGUUUCACUCCGGGAUGUGCUGCGCACCAGGAAGAAGUUAGUUGGAGAUGAGAGCUACAUAGAGACAUCCCCACACUGUAAACUGCGCCCAAAGCAGGAAUACACUCUGUCCACUUGUCCUGAAGACGACUCAGUUCUAGUUCAACCAGCAGAAGCAGAGUUUGACUGCGACAACUAUGACAACUACUUCCCAUCAUUCCAGGUGAGCCUAGAAAAGAUCAUGAAACACAUUAAGCUGUUUUUGAGAAACACCAACAGCUCCCACAGUGUCUGGGAAAGACGAGUUUGUCUUUCAUCCCCUGGAGUAAGAAGGUCCUGUGGGCAGAGCGCACUGAAUCUCCCUCCUAAUGAGAAGCUGUUUGCCAUACGGAGCAGCUUCAUUGAUGGGAUAUCAGGACCUGUUCUCAAAAGUCUGCUGGACAGACUGCUGGAGAAAAAGGUGAUAACUGACUCUGAGAGGGAGUCAGCGGACGUGAUGCAAAACAACAGAGAUAAAGCUCGUUUUGUUAUCGACACAGUGAGGAAGAAAGGUGAAGCUGCCAGCUCAGAGAUGAUUGAGUUCCUCUGUGAGGCUGACCCCUUCCUCUGUGAACAUCUUGGGCUGAUCUGAAGCUAAAUGAACACCUGAU